AUGAUUGCGGAUGAAAUGAAAAAUGUUUUCGUUUUUUAUUUCAUCGGCUCAAUCCCACCUACAGUUAAUUUAAUAACUUAUGCUUCGAAUGCUCUUUGGACGCGCAGUGAUAUGUUGUGGAAAUCAUCGUUAGCAACAUCAAAAAAGAAUAAAGGAAAAAAUAAUUGGGAAAUUUCGUGGAAAAAAAAUUGUAAUGGAGAAUUAGUCACGUUCUUAAUUUCUGAUUACAAUUUUCCAUUCUUGAUAUUUAGACAUCAAAAAAAUAUGAUUGGACGAACUUUUAUUGCAUUUAAUGAUUAA